AUGGCAGAGACUGAGCCUCAAGGCCCCUCAAGCGCUGCUGUGCAACUUGAAUCUGACAGUACCCUCAAUGGGUUCUCCAUGCCCGACCCCAGCUUCGACCCCACUGACAACCAUGCCAUCAAGGAAUAUUAUGAGAAGAAAGAGAGCCGAGGCAUCCUCACCGACGAAGAUAGUGUUGAAGCAGAUAUUGAAGAGGAGGCUGAAAGAACAGUCAAAGACUGGGAGGGGGAAGCCGGUCGAGAAGCGACGGACGAAGAGCGCGAAAAUAUGAUGGCUAGGAUCCGACAAAUUCGUGCUGGCGAAUGGUUAGAAGGCGUAAAAGCGCAACUCGUCGGGAAGCCUACCGCCCCUAUCGCUUGGUUUAACCGCCUCGUAGCACAGAACGAAGGGAUUAUCCAGUUUGUCGCCAAUAAAUCCAUUCAAAUGAAACAACGGAGACAGGAGGCUGCCGACAAAAUUGCGGAACUCGAAGAAGAAAUAGAGAAACUGAAGGUCGCUCAAGUGGCCAGCGAGGACAGCAGCAAACUCAAGGCCCGGAUCGAAGAAUUGGAGCAAGAAGUUUUAAAGAUACAGGACGACCUUCGGAAGGCCGAAGAAGAAUUCAAGAAGCUCGGUAAAGACAAUGAACUACUAAAGACCGAGCUUCAAGAAAGCCAGGACCGGGAGAAAAAUCUCCAAGACAAGCACGACAGGCAAACAUCCGAACUAAACGUUUGCUACAGAAACCUCCGAGAUCGAGAGGAAAAGAUCGCGCAGCUCGAGGAAGAAGCAAGGGAAAUACGGAGAAGGGAAAGAGCUGUUAGAGAUGACAACAGGAACCUCGAGGAAACGAUUGAGGAUCUAAAGCGCAGGCUCGAAGAGAGUGAAAACAACAACAAGAAAACACCGAGCCCAGUCCCUGCCCCCGCUCCCAUUCCCGCUCCCGCUCCCGCUCCCGCUCCACCAGGUGAGUUCGACACCAUGAAAAUACUUCGAGAGCUCAAGGAGGCCAAGGAGAACAACACAGAUUUGAAAGAGGAGAGUAGAGAGCUCCUCGACCGAUGGAUGGCCCAGGUUGGCGAUAGGAACAACCUGCUAGAGUUUUACAACGCCGUGGGCGAUGUAAGACAAUCGAUGAGCAACCUAAAGCAGCGGGUCGUCGCCUUCUACGCAAGUCUUGGCUACGACGAAGACAAGGUCCGGUCUGCGGGAGAGGCCCUUGAUAGCCUCGAGAAGCAGAUGAGCGAACAUCCUGCACAACGGCUCAGCCCCCGACUUUGGGCUCUUAAGCUCGUUGCUGAGAAGCAGAUGCUGGAGACACAGCUAAUGACGCAAGUGGUCAGGAACGACACCCUGAACAUGAAGCUUCAGAUGGCCAAGCCGGACGAGCAAGUUGAUAUGGAGGUACGCAUGGAGUACAAGAUAUACAAUGAUGCCGAGAUUGCCAGGCGAGUUACAGCAGAGACGCAGGUGUACCGAGCGCAUCGCCGCGAAAUAGUUGGGAAGAUGUUCGAAUGUUCACACAGGUUGAGCGCGAUCGCCGCGGCAUGCCCUCAUCAGCCGACUCGAGAAGGCAUCAUAACUGCGUCUGAGGAUUGCCUGUCCCCGCUCAAUAUGAUGAAGUCGCUCUCAACCCCUGCAGCAGAUUUACGCUAA